GCCGGCCUGGAUCGCCACAUCCAGGUCUUUCAGGACGCCCGCCUCGUUUGCGACGUGGCGUUCCUCGCCGAGGCUCCCCUUAUCGAUCGUUUCUUGGUCAGCCUUCCGCUCGAGUACCGCUCCGAGCUAUGACGAUACGAAUUUAACUCGGCCCCACAGGCUUACGAGGCCGCCAGGGACCAUCAGCGGAUGCGAGCCCAUCUUCACCCCGCCUCCUCCUCCCAGCCCCAGCGCAUGGGCUACGCCUCCUCCUCCUCUCACGGCACUUCCCCGCGCCGUUCCCCUUCCGCGGUCGCCCCCGCCGUUCCACGCAGCAGGGCCGCCACUUCUCGCGCCGCUUCAGCGCGCUGGAGUAUGGCUCGUCAGGAGCGACUCACCCUCYAUGUCGCUGCACUGCGUCGCCUUCUCGCCAUCUUCUCUGACCCUGAUCGCACCCUCCCGAUAAUCCCAGUACGACUCGGGACCUCCACGAGGGUGUACUCAGCGCUGUGGGAUUCCGGUUCUCAGGGCGACUUCAUUCACCCACGCGUGGUGAAGGAAGCCCGCUUUCCCACGAUUGGGUCUCCGACUCCCAUCUCCGUUACCCUAGGGGAUGACAAGACCCAACGCUUCUUCGAUCAGACAGUCACCGACCUCCCCUUCUUCCUCACUCUCGAGCCGAUUGAUCAUUCCCCGGCGUCUCGUCGCCACCGCUCCUCUGCACAUUUCGAUGUGAUGGAGACGGGGUACAACUUCAUUCUCGGCACUCCGUGGUCUCGUCGGUUCCACAGCACCGAGGCCGAUUGGGCGACCAACACUCUCGUUCUCAAAACGAAGUGUGGACAGACGUAUCGCGUACCUUUCAUAGGCAACCGCUUCUUUACAAAGAUUGAUCUUCGUAGCGGUUACCAUCAGAUCCGCGUCGCUGCAGCCGACCAGCCAAAGACAGCGUUCCGAUCGCGCUUCGGCCACUACGAGUUUACGGUGAUGUCAUUCGGCCUCACCAAUGUACCCGCCACCUUCCAGAGGGCGAUGAACGACAUCUUCAGGGACAUCCUGGAGCAGCACGUUCUCGUCAACCUCGACGAUAUCCUGGUCUACAGUCGUCCCCUUGAGGAGCACCUCAGACACCUCAGCGACGUCCUUGACCGCUUGCGCAGACAUGGCUUCUACGCCAAGCUGAGCAAGUUCCGCUUUGCCCAGCACAAAGUGGAUUUCUUAGGACACUACGUGUCUGACCAGGGUCUCCACAUGGAUGACGCGAAGAUCACUGCUAUUGCGGAGUGGCCCGCCCCCACAUCCGCCAAGCAGCUUCGCAGCUUCCUUGGCCUGACCAGCUACUAUAGUAACUUCAUCCGGGGAUACGCUAGCUACGUGUCCGAGCAUGACCAGGCAGCUGCCGGUCAUAUCGGCUUCCACAAGACGUUGGCUCGUGUGAGCCGCCUGUACGUCUGGCCGAAGCGCAAGGACUUUGUGAAGGACUACGUCGCAGAGUGUCCCACCUGUCAUGAGGUGAACAGUGCGAACCACCUACCUUAUGGUUUGCUUCAACCUCUUCCUAUCCCUGAGGGUCGUUGGCAAUCCAUCUUGAUGGACUUUAUCGGUCCUCUUCGACCUCCAACCCCCCGUGGUCAUGAUGCUAUCCUGGUCGUCGUCGACCGCUUCACGAAGCGUGCAUGCUUUGUUCCGUGCCACUAUGCCAUCAGUGCACGUGAGGUCGCCGGCAUCGUAUUUGACCGAGUCGAACGUGACCACGGCUUACCUCUGAGCAUCAUAUAUGACCGUGACCCGCGCUUUACCAGCCGAUUCUGGCGACGGCUCCACGAGGUGUACGACACUCAACUCUGCUUCUCCUCGUCUUACUAUCCUCAGACUGAUGGUCAGACCGAGAUCACGAACAGGACUCUCGGAAAUAUUCACCGAAAGAUUGUUCGUGACGACGAGUAGUGGGACCUCCAUCUUGCCCACGCGGAGAUAGCCUACAACCACGC